AUUGGACCAAAAGUAGUUCAUGCAUGGCCAACAUACCAAUUUGGCAAUGGCAAUGUUUUAGCUUUUAAUUUUUAUUUUAUUUUUUCGGAUGGUGGGGGAACUUUACUUUGUAGAAGUUUUGGGUUUUGUUCUUGGUAAAAUUUAUUUCAUUUUUGAUGAAUUAGUUGGGCUGUAUUCCUUGUUCAUGUGUAAUUUUCUUUGUUCUCAGCUUCAUGUGUAUGUAUAUCUACUGUUUAUUCACUUUUUCUUUCCCAGAAUAUUGUUUUAUGUUCCAUGAAAAACUUAUUUGCAUUAUGUUUUUGGUGAAGGGGUGGUGCAAAUUUUAGAGACAUGCAUACAGUUUAGAUGUCUAACCAGAAGGAUUCUCUGCAGAAUGUGGGAGUCUCUGCUAAAAAGAUUUCGUUUGAAGGGCUGCUUAUCAAUGUUGUUUUAAGGCCAUUCUUCCGAGUGGUUGGUUCUUUAUUCGGCCAAUCUUCUAGUUUGAUUCCUUGGAGAGAAGAUAAUUAUCCAUCGGCAGUAGAUAAGAUGGACCUUAUUUCUAUCAGCAGUUCAUCUGAUGAUUCCACUUUUAGGGAAAUAGAUGAAUACAGAGACGAAUCAUCUUUUAGGGAUACAGCCACGUCCUCUGCUGCUAGUGGUCCUUUAUUGAGGCAACUACCCAGUUCCUUUAGUACAGCAGUUACUGGAGGUCCACCCCGGCUAGGUUCGUCUGCCAGACAGUCAUUCAUUACCAACGGAGGUUCAUCCAGUGGUGAUCUAGAAGCAUUUCAUGCACGCUCGACUCGAGACAACGGUUUUGAACAUCCUAAUCACACAAAUGGUGGCUCAAACCGUCCAACUAAAAGGCCAUUUGCGUCAAAAGUUACAUCUGCUCCCAGUUUCAAACCCGGAAUGCAUGCUAGCUCUAGCAAUCAAGGCGCUUUGCGUUCGCAAACAGCUCGUGAUAACCACUCUGAAUAUUACAGUAUAGAUGACAAUGAUUGGCCAUCUUCUAAGCGGCCGAGGAUCCUUCCAUCGUCUGUUCACCCUUCUAUGCCCACUUCUGGGAGAAAAUAUAUUGUGGACAUGCCUGGUAGUCAGUUCCGGCAAAAUACUGAGUUUGGUAGGAGCAGGGCCUAUGAUAAUAAUGUAGUUGUGUCUGAAAACAAAGGAAGUAGGGUGUUACCACCAUCUUUAGCCCAUGGAAGAUCUGCAUCAUCUUCUUCAUUUGUCAAUUUGAGUGGCCCAUCUCAUCAAAUGGGGGAUGUUGAAGAAAACCUACAUGGAACUGAUGAAAGGAUGCUUUUUCAAGCAGCUUUGAAGGAUCUUACUGGAACUACUGGUGCAACUGAUGUACCCAAGGGUGUCUUAUCGGUUUCUCUUUUACCUCAUCAGAAAAUCGCCUUAGCGUGGUUGAUAGAGAAGGAAAAAGGGGGUGUUUGUGUGGGUGGAAUUCUGGCUGAUGAUCAGGGCCUAGGUAAGACUAUCUCGAUGAUCGCGCUCAUACAAAUGCAAAAAUCAUCACAGGAUAAGUACAAGAGCGAGCAGGUUUCCAGUAUUAAACCUGAAGCCUUGAAUCUGGAGGACGACGAGGAUGUCACUGUUGCAAGUGCCCCUAUCGAGCUAAAGCCAAAACCCGAGUCUGAUAAUAAAGAAGAGAUUUUAAAAGGAGGUACCUCCAAGAAUAAAUUUCACAAUAUGAAGCCGGCAGCUGGUACAUUAGUUGUUUGUCCGGCAAGCGUGCUUCGGCAAUGGGCUCGUGAGUUGGACGAGAAAGUCACGGAUGAAGCUAAGCUUUCUGUAUUAAUGUAUCAUGGAGGCAACAGGACUAAGGAUCCCGUUGAACUGGCUAAAUACGAUGUGGUUAUAACUACAUAUUCUAUUGUGACAAUUGAAGUUCCAAAACAGCCUUUGGUAGAUGAAGAGGAAACUGAGCAUAUUGAAGAGAAAUAUGGAUUAUCUUCUCAAUUUUCUACCAAGAAACCAAAGAAAAUAUCAGGUAAUGGAAAGGGAACAAAAGGUAAAAAGGGGUUGCACUCUGAUGCUUCUGAUGGUGGCGCCCUUGCAAAGGUUCGUUGGUUUAGAAUUAUUUUGGACGAAGCACAAUCAAUUAAGAACCAUAGGACUCAAGUAGCUCGAGCUUGCUGCAGCCUUAGAGCAAAAAGGAGGUGGUGUUUAUCUGGAACACCGAUACAGAAUGCCAUUGAUGAGUUGUUCAGCUAUUUCAGAUUUUUGAGACAUGAUCCUUACAGUAACUACAAGAAAUUUCUUCUUGGAAUUAAAGUUGCUAUAUCAAGAGACUCAAAUCGUGGUUACAGGAGACUUCAGGUUGUGUUGAAGGCCAUAAUGUUGCGCCGAACUAAAGGAACAUUGCUUGACGGUAAGCCAAUAAUAGCUUUACCCCCGAAAACUGUACAUUUAGAGAGAGUAGAAUUCUCUUCUGAAGAACGAGCUUUCUAUAAUCAACUUGAAUCAGAUUCCCGCUCACAGUUCAAGGCCUAUGCUGCUGCAGGCACUGUCAAUCAAAAUUACGCAAAUAUUCUUCUGAUGCUUCUACGCCUUCGUCAGGCUUGUGAUCAUCCAUUACUUGUCAAGGGGUUUGGUUCUGAUGUAACCAGAAGAGAAUCUUCAAAAGUUGCGAAGAGCUUGCCAGCACAGAGAGUUCGAAGUUUGUUGGAGCAGUUGGAAACCUCUUUAGCAAUCUGUGGUUCAUGUAGUGAUAUUCCGGAAAAUGCAGUGGUUACCAUUUGCGGGCAUGUUUUCUGCUUUCAAUGUGUGACUGAUCACUUGACAGGGGAGGAUCCCACGUGUCCUGAAGCUGGAUGCAAAGAACUAGUCAGUACAGAUGUGAUUUUUACAAAAGCUACAUUGAAGGAGUGCCUUUCUGAUGAUUUCUCCAGUGAUCCAUCUGGUUCAUCUGUAAAAGGUGAAACAUCGAUGGUCCUGGAAAAUAAAAGCAGUUCAAAGAUCAAAGCCGCUCUUCAGAUUCUAGAGUCAUAUUGCCAACCAUCCAUUCCUAGUUCAGAGAUGAUUGAACUGGUGUCCUUGAAACCAGCAAAAGCUAUUGUUUUCUCCCAGUGGACAGGCAUGCUUGACUUGUUAGAGGACUCACUUGGCAACACUGGUCUUCAGUACAGACGACUUGAUGGUACAAUGUCUCUGGCUGCUAGAGAUAAGGCUGUCAAAGAUUUCAACACUAGACCUGAGGUGACUGUCAUGUUAAUGUCUCUAAAAGCGGGAAAUCUUGGUCUCAAUAUGGUGGCAGCUUGUCAUGUAAUCCUUUUGGAUCUUUGGUGGAAUCCAACUACGGAAGACCAGGCUGUUGACAGAGCCCAUAGAAUAGGGCAGACCCGUGCUGUUACUGUGACAAGGUUAACCAUUAAGGAUACGGUUGAAGAUCGGAUUUUGGCUUUGCAGGAAGAAAAGCGGAAAAUGGUUGCAUCUGCUUUUGGUGAAGAUCCAAGUGGCAACUAUGCAACUCGCUUAACCAUGGAAGAUCUCUGGAAUUUGUUUGACGUAAGGGGAGGCUAG